AUGUUGAGUUUAACCAGACCCAGUAUUGACCCCUGGGGUGGGUACCUGUCCCACAGCCUGGCCAUCAUGACGGAUGCAGCCCAUCUGCUGACCGAUGUAGGCAGCAUGGCCGUCAGCCUCUUCUCCCUCUGGGUCUCUACCCGCCCACCCACCAGGACCAUGAGUUUUGGCUGGCACCGCUCAGAGACACUGGGUGCACUGGCCUCUGUCCUCUCCAUCUGGUUGGUCACCGGGGCCCUGGUCUACCUGGCAGCCAUCCGCAUUGUCACCAAUGACUAUGAGAUUGAGGCUCAUGCCAUGCUGGUCACGGCUGCCAGCGCUGUCGGCAUCAACCUGAUCAUGGCAUACAUCCUGCACCAGUCCCCUGCCGGCCAUGGGCACAGCACAGGGGGUUAUGAGCAGCUGGAGAGCACUGGGGGCUGCCUGCCCGGCCAUGCCCCCCUGCCUGGCAGCACCAGCGUCCGAGCCGCCUUUGUCCAUGUGGUGGGUGACCUGCUGCAGAGCAUUGGUGUCCUCGUGGCUGCCACCAUCAUCUACUUCAAGCCCCAGUGCAAGAUCGCAGACCCCAUCAGCACCCUCUUCUUUGCCAUCUUUGUCCUCGGCUCCACCUUCACCAUCCUCAGGGAUGUCUUCAGAGUCCUCAUGGAAGGGACACCACAGGGCAUCGAGUUUGAGGCGGUGAAGGAGCUGCUGCUGGGGGUGCACGGGGUGAAGGGCACCCACGACCUGCACCUCUGGGCCCUGACACUGAGCCACCCCGCCGUGUCGGUGCACGUGGCCAUCGAAGCCAGCGCUGACCCUGAGAUGGUGCUGCAGGAAACCACUACUCGGCUGCGGAACAAGUUCAGCUUUGCCUCCUGCACGGUACAGCUGGAGAAGGACAGGGAGGAGAUGGCAGCCUGCCGGCAUUGCCAGGACCCCUGUGCCUGA